AACUAGAAGCGACAGUUUUCAACUAUCGAUAGUAUCCCACCUCUAAUGGUUUAUAAAUCAUGGAUUUCGGAGAAUUAAGGAAUGAUGAAAAGUUUUCAAAUUCUGUGCUUAACUUUUCCAGAGCCCUAGAUAAAAUUGAACAGAGCCUCAAUACGGCUGUAGAGUUUAAGGAUUUCGAAGAGCUUUCAACACGAGAAAAAGUAAAACUGGAUACUUACCUCGCCUAUGCCAUAAAUUCGUUAUAUUGGAUGCAUGUUAAGUUGCGCGGAGAUGAUCCAAAUGAGCAUAGUAUUAAAAAUGAACUAUCACGAGUACGGCAGACUAUAAUUCGCGAUAAACAAAUUUAUGAUCGAAAUACCAUCCGGCCGGUGUUGGAUAAAGCUGCUGCUGGGAGAUUUAUUCAGCAUGGUUUACAUGUAAGAUUUGACGAAAAUGGAGAGCGUAUUACUGAAAGUUCCUCAAAUAUUAAAGCCGGCAUAGGUACGGCCAUGGAUACAGAUUCAUAGGUAUUUCGAAAGGGACAUAUGCUAAUAAAAAUUUAUGGAAUACCACUUUAUAAGAACAUAUAUAUGCACUUAAAUUAAAACAAGUUUGAUGUAUUGAACGAAUAAACAUCUAUCUGUGUAAAACCCA